AUGGGCUGGUACCAUGCGCGUUUGAUUCUCGAGGGUAGCAUCCCAAACGUAGCUGCCGAACUCUGUGGCAUAGUGGAACCUUUCUUUUCAAAGAAUCCGCACCCUGAAUGGCAGGCGUUUGUUUCCCAGCACCAGCUGAACGCGUGGGCCGACGUCAGAGAUAUCCCCGCCGAGAAGAUUGGCCAGGACCUGUUUGCGAUCAUCGCUGUGCGAACGGUGGACGUGCCCGGCGUGUUCUACCAGCUGCUCGAAAAAGGAGUCAAAUUUAUAUAUCUUGAAAAGCCAGGGGCGGCCAGCCCAGAAGAGUUGCAAAAGAUGAAAGUUGCCGCGGACGAUCAGCAUUGUCAAGUGGUCAUCGGGUAUGCGCGAAACGCUCAUACGUUUGUGACAGAGCCGAUGGCGAGCUUGGCCUUGUCGCACAGACAGAAUGCAGCGGUCAGCCUUACGCACAAGAACUCCUUUGCAUUCACGGCAGAGGCGUUGGACGAGUGCUUCAAGAGGAACAGCGAAGGAAUGCUGCUGAACAUGGCGUGCCACGACGUUGCGAUCGCCGUCAAGCACCUGGGCCUGCGUCUCGCACACUGCGACCACGCGAAGGUCGACGCCGAGGGCUCGCUGCUUGCCGAGCACUCUGGGCUCAAGGACUUUGUCAGGCUGAAGUUCUCAGUCGCGAUACCUAGCGGCAAGCCGGCACACCAUGCAGAAGAGGCGGCUUCCACCGAGUCGGGUUCCAGGCGUUCCCCGUCCCGGCGCACCCGCAGAAGCGGAGGGCUCGCUGGCAGGGGGAUUGCUUCCCACCUCACGAUUGCCGCGGAUCGCUGCGGAGGCACGUACGACACCGCGGAAGUGCAGGUCGGAGAGCAGGCCGCCUGCAGGUUGCCGAGCGUGAGCCUGGAAGAGUACAAGAAGCUGUGCGCUGCAGAGCCUGGGACGGCGCCGUACCUCGUGAUGCAGAAGGAUUGCUACAUCGCGUACAUGGGUGCCUUCGUAAGGGAGAGGAUGUUGAAAACUUCUUCCUCGUUGGGGGACGGGGAGAUCAGUCCCUUGGUGGACCUCGAAGAAGGCAUCGAGGUGUUGGCGAUCUGCGAUGCGCUUACGCGGAAGUUCAAGGAGGAGCUUUCUGGGACGGGAACGUGCCAGGGUGUUCAGGGUAAGAGUAGGCCGAUUUUGCGGACGCGGCAUUUGCUGCCAGAGUCGGGCGCCUUGGUGCGCGCGUUGCCAGAGAACGUGAGGCAGUGCAAGGCAGCGGCUGCGUGCGACGUGAAAGCAGCUACCUUGAGGGUGAUGCUCUCGGUCGCCUUCAAGACUGCCGGGGAGCCACCGAUUUACUGCUUCGACGAGCUGUCAACUGGAAAGCCCGAGUCUAAGAUCUGGGGGCUGACACCAGGCUGCGACGGCUGCUUCCUCACGCCGGUGGGGGACAUCGCGGAAGUCUACCGGCAGGUGCCGAAGGCGAUGGAGCGGUUCGCCUACGUCCUUAGGCCGAGCCAGAGGUCCGAGUCCUCGUCGGGCGUCUUCGUGCAGCUGCGCCCCUCCGCUUGGCCCCUGCCGCCCCGGGGCGAGGCGAUCCGACGCGCGCACCGCCGCCUGGACUGCGAGGGCCCGCACCUGGAGCGGAGGGGGGCGCGCCAGGUGGAGGCGCUCUCCCCGGUCGGUGACCACCUCCGCGGCAGCCUCGACACUCCAGCCGAUGCGGGCCGCGCUCAGCACCGCCACGUCUGCAGGCGCGCCCACGCGGUGUACCACCUGCGUGUCAGCUCCCGCCAAAUCGCAGACGUCGGUGCCAUGGCGUCAUCUGGAGAUGUGCAAGCUUCUAAGAAGCCGAAUGCGAAGUCCCAGUUCUGUGAGAUGGACGCCAAGCAGAAGGCUGAGCACCUAAGGAUUCGAGCCAAAGAGAUUUCCCAGAAUGAGUUGAAACGGGCCAUAUUCAAAGUCAUCACCGACAACCCCAUUGUCCUCGAUCAGGUGAAAGAGUUCUUGGAGGGAAUCGGCCACCCCGUCGUCCUAGGGAAGGCCGCGAAGAAGAGGGGUGCCGAUGAGUUUGAUGCGCCCUCGUCUGUUACUGAUAUCGUUUGUGUGCCUACCGCUGCCGAUUCCAACGGUGGAGAUGCUGCUGCUGGUGAUCAGGGUCAGGGCGGAUGCAGAGUGAGGGCCAGUGGCACUGGCAUCGAUGAUCCAAACCCUGCGAAUUGGUUGCCGCAUCGCUACACCAGGUGGGAGAAUUGUUCGGUUCCGAUCAUGGUUGAACUAUUGAGUCACUGCGAGCCUGUUGCACUCUCUUCUUUGGCCUUGAAGGCGAUCACCAGCAAGGGCAAACUCGACGAGAAGCAGAAGAAGUUGUCGGACCACUUCGAGUUUGUCACUGGCCAGGGCAGGGAGCUCAACUUGGUGGGCUCGCUCCGCCACAUCCCGACCCUCAAGAAAUUCCUGAAGCACUCCAGUGAUACCGAGGGCCGUCGUGGACGCGAUCUUCGGGUUCCUGGGGAUUGGGGUGCCCACAAAGACGGCUGCUUCGAGAUGGAGAUGGUAGGCGAGGACCUGAUCAUCAAGGACAAGAUUACCAAGGCCGAGCACGUGGUGCCUCCAGAGUUGAGGCUCAAGUACGCUGACGGCACGCUCAUCCCCAUCGAGGCCUUGGAGAUCGACAUCAACUACUGCAAGACCAAGGCGAACAUCGUAUCGCAUCACUGUGUGAAGAACGUGCCAAUCGCCUCCCUGGGGAGCUUCGGCCGCGACGUGGUCGCGAAGCAGUUCAUCAUGAACCCCAUGGCCGCUGCCACUCCGCCGACCAAGAAGCAGAGGGCCAUCGUCGACGUCGCCUCGAGGAUCGUGGGGAAGCCCGAGACCGCGGGGCACGAGUGCGGCGUUGCUGUGGCUUCGCUCUUGCAGGUGCCGAUGCAAUCCAUGGAGUCUCAGUGGCAGCCACCUGCGCCUUCUUCUGUGGCGCCGUCGGCUCUCGAUGGCAGCCCUGACGGUCAGUCGCUGUACCAGGCCGAGGACGCCAGCUCGGUGGGCGACGGGGUCAGUCUCGAAUCGCACCUUGAGCAUGUCAUGCACACGGAGUCGGGGAGCGGUGCUUGA